CUGUGUGUGUGUGUGUGUGUGUGUGUGUGAACAGCAGCACGAGCAGCAGCACAAGCAGCAGCAGAAGCGCGCGCCUCUCUCUCUCUCUCUCUCUCUCUCUCUCUCUCUGUCACACACACUCACUCACUCACUCACUCCGUCCGGGGCUCUGGAGCGCACUGCGUUGUGCGCGCGCCGCCGUUUCGCCACACGGGAAGGUUUGCGGUUCCGCGCGCUGCAGCACGAGCAGAAGACUUUUUUGUUUGUUUGUUUGUUUGUUUUGGUUUUAGUUUGUUUUGCAGGACAUUGGCACGCGCGCUCCGCCGUUCGUUCUUCAUCUCCUCAUGGAUUCCGUGCUGCUCGUCUUCUUCUCGUCCUUCUUCUCCUCCACGGCGUCCGCGAUCGGCCACUUCACCACGGAAUGCUACACGGUGAACGGCGAGGACUACCGAGGUCGGCAGAACCAGACGAGUCUACACGGAGGGAAGCCGUGUCUUUUUUGGAACGAAACCUUCCAGCAUCCGUACAACACGCUGAAAUAUCCGAACGGAGAAGGAGGACUGGGAGCUCACAACUUCUGCAGGAACCCAGAUGGAGAUGUUCAGCCGUGGUGCUACAUUGCAGACCAAGAAGACGGGACGUACUGGAAGUUCUGUGAGAUUCCAAGCUGUCAGAUGCCUGGGAUUCUCGGAUGUUUUAAGGAUAACGGUGAUCCUCCUCCUCUCUCUAAGAGCUACCAGACGUCUCAGAAGCUCACCGUGCAGAGCUGCAUCAGCCUGUGCCGCAACCAGAGAUACAAGCUUGCCGGAAUGGAGGCGGGGUACGCUUGUUUCUGCGGCAACGAGCUUGACUACCAUCUCCAUGGCAACGCCCCCAGUUUGGAGUGUAGUCACGGGUGCUUCGGGGACCAGCAGCAGCCGUGCGGAGGAGACGGACACGUCAUCGUCUUCGACACCAAAGUGGGAGCAUGUGGUGGAAACUACACGGCUGAAUCAGCUGUAAUCUACUCGCCGGACUUUCCAGAUAAAUACGCACCCGGCCGUGUCUGCUACUGGACCAUCCAGGUCCCGGGUGCGUCGGUCAUCCUGUUUAACUUCACUUUCUUCAACAUCAUGGACCAGGCGGAUAUGGUCGAGCUGCUGGAGGGUUACACCAGUCAGGUGGUGGCGAGGUUCGAUGGGCGUAACCCACCGCGGGAAAUCGUUAACAUCAGCGCAGACUUUGUUAUCCUGUAUUUCUACUCAGACAGGACGAACGAGGCCCAGGGGUUCUCCAUGAUCUAUCAAGCUUACAGAGGAUCGAGCAGCAGAUCUGCCGAACAUGGCUUUAUCAGUGAUGACGACGAUAGCGAAGAGGCCACCAGUACGGUAGACCCGCGUUCCGGCAGCGUCACCGAGAGAUCAAACACCAGCAAGAACAACAAAUCGUCUCAGAUCCUCUAUCUGAUCACGUCCAGUCCCAAAAAGUCCGAUAAGGAAAUGCCAGGUCAGUGGCUCGGCCGGGGCCGGACCGCUGCUCAUAACACCAUGUGGACCAUCUAUACGCUGGCUGCCUUGCUAACGCUAACCGUGAUAGCCAUGGUGGCAAAGCUAGUUCUUCACGUUACAGUAAAAUCUCCCACCAUUCCCUCGGUGAGCAGUUCAGACUCGUGCUCUCAGAGCACCACCUCAGAGCCGUGGAUUAUCUUCUACAGACCCUCCACCAUCUCACUCUUUAAAAAGAAGCUCAAAAACCAUCACGGUGACCUCAGCCCACUGGUGGGCAACUAACCACGACUCACACACACACACACACACACACACACACACACACGCACACACACACACACACGCACACACACACACAAAACCUCUACUGGACAGCAGGUAGCAAAUACAAUGGAGCACCUGAUGAGGAACUGGACAGCUACUGACAGCCAAUCAUAUGGUGCCAUGUUAGGGGGCGUGGCUUCCGCAGGACCAUGACAAAGCCGCACUCACAUGUCAAUAUGGCCUGAGGAGUUCUGGGAAAAGAACGAUUUCUUCCAGCAGGUUUUCAGGUGCACAGGUUCUGGCAGUCGCUGACAGACGAGGAGUUCAGAUAAGAAUCUCUUUUUAAAGAAAAAGAUAGAAUGUACUGUAACGUGGAGCGGCUCGCGUAACCAUUUAACACCAAUGCAGACAAUCAGCCUUUUCUACCACACCAAAACCAGAUUCUGUUUCAGUCCAUUUUCGUCUCACUCUUUAUGUAGGUCAUCUCUUGUGUGGAACAGGAUUAUACUUUCUCCAGCGGAGGACGAACAGGAUCAUGAUCUGGCAAAUAAUGCAGCAACAAACAAAAGAGAGAGAGAGAGAGAGAGAGAGUAUGUAAAUCUGCCAUCGCUACACGGCUCGGGCCGUGCUCCAAACAAACUGCCAUUCCACGUUCCUUCUGGACCCCUGUAAACAGUUUUUCAGUAUUUUUUUUUUUCAUUUGUUGUGGGUUUUUCAUCUUUGUGUUUUUUUUGUGUGUGUGUGUGUGUGUGUGUGUGUGUGUGUGUAAGUGCCUUAAGGGUUGGAAAACUGUUUGUGUGUACAAUUUAUUUUUUCUUUACUUCCCACAGAGCUGUCUUUAAAGGCACGGAGAUGAAAGAUACACAAGUUUCCCAUUACCACGAAUGCAGUCGAUCAGCCAAGACAUGUUUGUUGCCUGAAGUUUGCUUCUUUAGUUCUCGCACUGUAGCUACGAGGUUAAUGCUAGUUUAGCAUCAGCGACUCAAGCGGACGUGUUUGUGUGGUUUUUGGCGCUAUGAUAAACGCUUAUCUGUAAAAAGAAAAGAAAAAAAAAGAACACCACACGGCUGAAAACAAUCUAGAGAAGUUUACAUUAGUCACCCACUAAAAAAACAUGGGUCUUUGGUUAGCGGUUGAUGCUGAGGGACGUUACACUGUCAUUUUUAACUUUUCCAAGUAAUUUAUCAACACAUCUGAGGCAUAAAUGUUGUUAUUCCCAACAUUUGUGUCUCAUUUUCACUGCCAUUACACCUUUACAUUACCUGUAUAAAAGACUAUUAAUGGCUAUAUGCUAGCUAGAUAAAUGAUUCGCCUAGCUUCGUGCUCGUAUUUUCCGAGUUGCCUAGCAACACUGUUCUCACAACUUGAACACGGAACAUAUCGUGUGUUCUGGUUUUUUCUUAAUGUACAGAUUAGAGAUUAGCUUUCACAAUGCUAAAUUGACAGAACAUUCCGUCUUUUCAUGACAGCUAAGCUCAAAACUACCACAGUUCACAAGUGGUGACACGUCCUAUUGGGCUUCAGAACCCACGAAUGUUUGGCUAGCGGUUGAUGCUAAGUGACCUUACACUGCAAUUUUAGUUAUACGUGGUCUUUUCUUAGUAAUUAUCAACAUAUCUGAGGUAAAUGUUGAUAUUCCGGACAUUUGUGUCUCAUUUUUCACUCUCAUUACACCUUUAAAAUUGAUUUAUUGGCUUAUAUGCUAGCUAAUUUAGAUAAAUGAUUAGCCUCAGUCACGAGCUAGCGUCUACGCUUGGUGUGCAUGUUUCCCAGUUGCCGAGCAACAUAGUCUCACAAGUUGAACCGCUUAAACAGUGAACAUAUUAUAUGCUUGACGUUUUUCGACAGCUCCGGGUUCACAAGUUGCGACACAACGUUUACAGUUCUCUUUGUGGAGCUUCAAAAUUAGUGGUUGAUGCUAAUUAGUGUAAUAUUAGUAAUAUUGAGUCUUUUCUUGGUAAUUUACCAAAACAUCUGAGGUAAAUGUUGAUAUUCCAGACAUUUUUGUCUCAUUUCCAGAAAAGACUACUCGGCUUUAUGCUAGCUAUGUAAACGAUUACCGUGUCGUUAACUCACUUCAGUGUUUGGCCUUGUAGCUCCAGUGCACAACUUAAGACAGUAAAACACGUCUUGGCUAAUCGACUACAUCUGGAAUAAACAGGGACAUUGUGUAAGUUUCAUUUUCGACCAAAUGUUUUCAGCUUUGUCACUUCACUGAGACACCGCUAAGAGCUUGCGUGUGGGAGCGAUGAAAAGCGCCGCAUUCUUCCAAAACAAUUCGCUCUUUCUCCUCCUCCUCCUCCUCCUCCUCCUCCUUCUUCUCUUCCACGGGCUCUCCGACGUUACAGCGAUUCCCGCAUUCUUCAGCUCUAUUAGAAUCAGUGCUGUUGUUCUUGUGUUAACUACAGUGCUGCCACCCGGAGUGUCAGGGUCACGACACAAAAUUCUGUCUAGUCAUGUUGAGUAUUCUGAAUAUGAGCAACAUUGUGAAAGACAGACAGCAAAACAUAUCAUGACUACAUCCAAAACGGCAUACUACUGUACUAAAUAAUGUCGCAAAAUGUGGUUUCUGCUAUGGUGAGUUGAGGGUACUGACCUUUUUUUAUGCAAUGACGUUGUGCUGAGUGCCAUUUCGAUUAUUUAUUUUCCUGUAAACCGAAUAGUUUGGAUAGCUUAACCCCAGCAGAACACCAAAAAUAGUAACAUCGAUAACACGAAUUCGAUUAUUUGCGUUAUGAAGUAACUUCCGCCAACAAUAAAAUAGUACAGCAAUUUUAUAGCAAUUUCUAAACAUUCGGAACUUAAGCUUGACGUCAUAACAAAAAAAACGUAUUCUGAUUAAACUACAAAUACAAGUGAACACUAUAGAAAUUUAAAGUCUGGGACUUUACCCAACCUCGUCAUUUUUGUACGUCAUUUUGGUAAUCUUACGAAAUACGCGUUGGUUUCAGUUUGCAUGCUAAUAACGUUAGCGUUGACCAGCCUGACAUGUCAUGAGUCGUAAGAUAAGGUACGAACGCUAACCCCGCCCUUAAACCUGACAUAAGUCGCCUGAAUUGUUACAAAUUGGCAAGUUCCUUUUGUUUCAUUGUUAUUCAUUAUUCUGUAUCACUUCCGCUGCCCAUUUCGGGCAACCCUGCUAGCAACCUAGCGAAGCCACGACGUAGCUUUCCCGUUUGUUGGAAAUGGCUACGUCCAAAAACACAUCGUGCGUGUGAAAAUAUUCCAGAAAGCUAUCAAUAGUUCAAUGCACUUAAAUGUACUUAAACAUAGUACUUUAUAUAGUACUGAGGCUGAAUUUGGCCUACCGUGCAUACUUAAAACCAAACCUCAUAAAGAACGUAAAGCACUUACGGAUAUAUUCAUACGAAUUUUAACUAAUCGACCAAGAGUUCAAACAGUAGCAAACUAAAUCGACUUUACCUUGGCAAUUAGCGGUAGAAAAAGAUUCCGGUUGUUUUAUUGUCGCAGUUAAACCCUGAUCAACAGCAGCAAAGAAUGUGUUACAUCGCACUUUAGUCAACAGCCACACACAGGCUGCAGAUUACAUUACAUCUUUAAUAACCUAACCCUAACCUUAACCCUAAACCUAGGCUACGCCGUCAAAGACGAACAUAUGUAGGAUAUUACACUGUUUAAAAACUAAUAGAAACAUGGAACUGAACUAUAAAAGUGAUAUGAACGUCAUAACAUUCCAUUAAACCAAAAAUAAAUAAAUAAAUAAAUAGACUUUCCCCAGCGUUGUCCCACUAUAUUCCACUAUAAUUCAGCCACCAUUUUAGACAGACGAGAGACACUGUGCGUUUAAUUUCUUUCUUUCUUUCUUUUCUUUUUCUUUUUUUUUUUUUUUGCUUGAAUUGUUCCUCAGUGCACCACUUUGUGUGUAGUGAAAAAUUCUCAACACGCUUACAGCGAUACCUCUCUGAAAACGCCCGAUCUGAUCCGUCUGAUCUCGGGUCGGGAUACUACUUGGACUGGGGAACGCUCGGUUCGGUAUGUGUGUGAACGUUCUGUUUAUUUCUACCGACGUUGCAUUUUUGGUUAUGUUUGAUAUUAAUUUGUCAGGAACUGUCUUCCAACUGAAACUGUACUGUAAUUUCUUUGUCAUUUUUCUAAGAGAACUAAGUGUGUGCUGAUAUUACACGUCCCACCCGUGCUCGUUAGGGAAGGUUAUGCGUUUUACGUCGUAGAGGUUUUGCGGAACUCUGAGAAACUCGUGUUCGGUUAAUAUGUACUAGAAACGCUGAGGAAUCAAGAGUGGAACGAUGGACAUUUUUAGCGUUAAAAAAAUAAUUUCGGGUUGUAAAACAGGUCGUUCCUGAGGGGAGGAGGUACCACGUGCCGAUCUGUUAUUUCCGUUUAGCUAAUAUUUUAGCGUUUGAUUUUAGCCGUUAGUGCCAUGCGAGUAUCCAGAUAUGAAGUGUACAGUGUUAUAUAGGGCAAAAUUCGAGAAUAAAUUUCUAUUUGGCAAAAAAAAAAAGAAGAAUUAAGAUAAACACUGUAUGAGUUGCUCAUAUUCACAAGUGGGAGCUUUUGAAGCCGUUCUGAUGUCUGAAAUAUCCAAAGUUUUGACUUGUUCCUUAUCUAUAUUCUUACAUAAUGUUGGUGGUGAUCUCAGGGGUCGCUGCUAGGUACGUUUUUAUUCUUCUGAUUAGGCUUACCAUUGUGUCGCCGUUGGUCAAAUUGUACACGUUUUCACACUAUUUAAAUAUUAAUAAGACCCCAAAAGCUACCUAGCAUUAGGUUAGUUAAGUAGCUAACAUUAGCUGUGCACUUGAAAAGAAAGACUUCGUGAUGAGCGUCGGUGAUUUGAGUGCACGCUUUAAAUUUGUCCGAAAUUUAGGACAGACUCGAUCUCAGGUUACCCCCCCCCCAAAAAAAUCGAAUCAUUCCUCAUCAAUUAUCAGCACGUACCUAGAACACUCAUCCACUUCCAGGAUGAAACACUUAACACGACGACGUUUCGAUUUGCGCAGCACUUAUUUGACGUGUCACUUUUUCAGCACUCAGACUCUGUGGGAUUUUUUUUUUUGCUUUCUUCCUGUGGGAUUUACUCCAUCUGUGACUGAUCGAGAUGUUAGUUGCGGUUUUUGACCUCAAACUGUACAUUUACAUUCUUUUCAGCUUUGUUUGUUCCAGUUUUUCUAAAGAUAAGCCCCCGUCAUAUGACCGUUCCAUUUGAAACGUCCUGAGGAAGCAGAAUGCGUAAUAGCCCAGACCAUAAUAGUGAAUGGCGAGAUGAAAAAGGGCCUUGUGUGCGACCUCAGCCUUCCAGUAAAGACCCGCUCUUCCUGCUCAGAUCUCCCAGACGAGCGAACGCCGCAGUCCCGCCUGUCAUAAUUACCGCAUGAAUAAAUCCGAGUCAUGGAGAAACUCAUGCAUACAAAAACUCGGUGGGGGAGAGAGAGCGAGAGAGGAACACACACUAACAACCUCAAGCCUAAAACCAGAAAUGACAGCUCCAAUUCAUCAAGGUCACAUUAACGCCGGACGAUAGCGUCCUGCACCAUCCUGCCUCCACACCGCUUCAUCGCAACACAACACUCCCACGCAGCAGAUCCAGAACUUUCAGGGACGUCGGGGGAGGGGGGAGGGGGGUGUCAUUGUCGUUCAAUUGUAAAUAGUGAGAUUUUAAUUUAUACAGUAAGUUAUUUUGGACUUUAAAAUUGGACAUAAUCUAUCUUUUGUAUAAGUGAAGUACGUUUCUAGUUUUUAUUUAACGUGUUCUGACUGCCAAAUAAAUAUGCAUGUUUCUUAUAA